AUGCCGCCGAUUUCGCAAGAGCCACCCGUGCCAGAGAAGGCUUCUGCAGCGAUCCAAGAAGAUGAAGCUGGCUCCAGUGGCUCAUAUGUCUUCCCGGAGGUAUUUCCCCCCUUUCCUCAGUCUGAGCCGUGCUCUGGCCCAGGCGUGCUCUCUCUUCUGGACUGGGAUUAUCCCGACAACCUCGAUGAUUUCAACAUGACUUGUUGGCCAGGUACCGGAUGGUCUCCACCAACUGAGCUGCUAAAUUUCCAUGUCGACGACCUGUCCCCGUCGCGCCGUUCUCUUUCGCCAACACAGCCAGUGGAACCUAUCGUAUCUUCGAAACAAGAUCCAUUACACGAACAUUUACGAAUUCCAGGAGCUUCUCGAAACGUGGAUGAAGAGGAGCAUUAUCCGAUGUUGUGGCCUGCAACUCAGCCCAAGCAUCUAACCCUACCACGCCUUGGUCCUUCAAAGAGCUCGAACUCUCUUUCCAGCUGUUUUGGACUGCCUAGUAUCGGCUCUCGCGGUGCCUCCAUACUGCAAGAUAUCUUGAAAGCUCCCUUUGAGCAAUCCCUUUGGCCAUCUGCUUCCAUUCCUUAUUUUCCCACCUGCCAAGAGCUCGAUCACUGUAUCGAUCUUUAUUUCGCACAUUUUGACAAGUGGGUUCCGAUAAUUCAUCAGCCGUCAUUCGACGCCGCCAAAGAACCGGUGCUUACACUCGCCCUGAUAGUGAUUGGAGCAUGCUACACAGACUUUGAAGGGGCAUUAGCCUUCUCCAUAGCGCUUUCAGAGUUUACUCGAAGACUGCUUGUCUUUAUGGCCGAGCACGACCCUCGCUUCGUCAGAACCGAAUAUUAUAUCUCUGCACAGCUGCUGAAUUCCAUUUUUGGAUUUGCAAGUGGCAGUCAACGUCUAUAUGAGCUUGCCGAGUCAAGUCGUGGUCCACUUGUCAACUAUGCUCGGUUGAUGGGGUUGUUCGAUCAACACCAUGCUGUCCAACAGAACAAUGAUCAUGCUGACACCCAAAGUCGAUGGGAGAGCUGGACCUGUGCAGAACGCACUUCGAGAAUAGGCUGGGCUGUCUUUGCAUACGACGCUUCCUCGGCCGGCAUGCGCAAUGCCCGACCUUACAUUCUACUGCACGAACUCAGACUGGACCUCCCCUGUCUUACUAAACACUGGAAGGCAGCGUCAGCACAAGCUUGGGCAGCCAUUCAUCCAUGGACAGAACAAUGCCCCCGAACAGACUCCUUUCAAAGUUGCAUCUCCCGGGUCGUCCAACACCCAGCCAGCGCUCAUUCCGAGUAUGACGAUGAUUAUGUUCGAUCCAUCAUCCUGACUGCUUUGACGCGGAUGGUAUGGGACAAUAAAGAAGCUACCACCCAGCAGGCAGCAAUGCACCUCAGCACGUAUGACGCCCUCCUGAAGGGAAGGGCCGAGCUUCUCGAGCUUCUCGACAGCUUUGCGUCGCCGACAACUGGCUAUUAUCCAUGUGUUACUGCCAAGCCUAGCAACGAGUUUACAGUUCAGCAUCGGCUGCAGGUCGGUAUCGCUCACGGACUCGCAGAAGGCGUUGUUUUCUGUGACUUGUUCGCCACCAUGCUUUGGCAGGACGAAUCUCAUGCGAUUCCUGCACGGAACCGGAUCUUGCGGUGGAUCAAGGAGAACCCAAGAAACCCCCGCGCUCUUUUGUACUCGUGCGCACAGGGGCUCAUGAUCACCGGAUUAUAUCCGUGCAAUCAUCCACAAGAGGCUUACAAUACCUUCCAUUGUGGGAUUAUUUGUUUCGUAUUAUCUACAUUACUCGCGGCGGAUUAUCGGGUGACUUCGACAGGCGAAAGUCUUGCUGGUACACUACCUGUGUGCAACCUUGAUUGGCAAGGCUCUCCGGAUGGACCGGACGCAUUGGCAAUUCGAGACUGGAUCGGCAAUGGCACUCCAUCCCUGGUACGAAUGCGUGGAGUUCCGGAUGUUUUCUCUGACCGGGGCCCGAGGCUAGUCUUGCAACAAACAGCAGAGGUGCUCAGCAACGUGUCCGUCUGGGGAAUUAAGCACAUUCUUCUAAACGCCGUUCGAGGGUUGUUGCACGGUUGA